AUCUCUGCAGCAGCAACAACUCUGGCUAACCCUUGGUGGACUGGUCAGGGUGGGUUAACUGGGGUUGACCCAGGAACCCAUUCACCUGGCCUGAACAAACGCCACACAGACCUAGUAAUCAACGAAUUAAGCAGUGGUAACAACAAUAGAGAUGAAGAUGAAGAUGAAGAAAACAGAGAUAACGGAGAUGAACCAAAAGAGGGUGCAAUUGAGGUUGGAAGCCGAAGACCAAGAGGAAGACCACCUGGAUCCAAAAACAAGCCAAAACCACCCAUCUUUGUUACAAGGGAUAGUCCACAUGCCUUGAGGAGUCAUGUCAUGGAGAUAGCUGGAGGAGCUGAUGUUGCUGAAAGUGUUGCCCAAUUUGCAAGGAGGCGUCAGCGUGGUGUUUGUGUCCUCAGUGGAAGUGGCUCUGUGGCUAAUGUUACCCUUCGACAACCUGCUGCUCCUGGUGCUGUUGUGGCACUUCAUGGAAGGUUCGAGAUUCUAUCCUUAACUGGGGCAUUCCUACCAGGUCCUGCCCCUCCUGGCUCUACUGGUCUUACAGUGUAUCUUGCUGGAGGACAGGGUCAAGUUGUUGGAGGAAGUGUUGUUGGGUCUCUAGUUGCAGCUGGACCUGUUAUGGUUAUUGCUGCAACUUUUGCUAAUGCAACUUAUGAGAGACUUCCACUUGAUGAUGAUGAUGAGGGGCCUAGCUCUGCCGCGGCUGCCGCGGCGCAAGGAGGAGCCGCCAGCGGAUCGCCGCCUCCGCAGCAGCCGGGGAUUGGAAGCAGUGGGAGUCAGUUUCAGGGUGGACUUACAGAUCCAUCAUCUCUGCCUUUGUAUAAUCUUCCUCCAAAUCUGUUGCCCAAUGGAGGGCAGAUGGGGCAUGAAGCUUUUGCUUGGGCUCAUGGAAGGCCACCUUAUUGA